GCAGGAAGGGGCGGGCAGGGCGCUGCCCGCUCCUCGCCAUUGGGAACCGGCCGCAGGCAGCGGCGGAGCCCGCCCGGCCCGAGCGCAGAGCCGUGGCGGCCGGAGGAGGGUCCCGGAGCCCGGCUGCGGAGCGGAGCCCAGCAGCAGAGCCCGGCUGCGGAGCGGAGCCCCGACGGAGAGAGGUGGCUGCCCCGCAACCCGCAGCGGAGCCCCGGCUGGGGGUCCCGGAGCCCCGUGCCGGAGCCCGGCUGAAGCGCACCGCAAAGUCCCGGCGGAGGCGAGCACCGGAGCCCGGCUGAGCCCCGCAGCAGAGGGUCCCGGAGCCCGGCUGAGCCCCGCAACAGAGGGUCCCGGAGCCCGGCUGAGCCCCUCAGCAGAGGGUCCCGGAGCCCGGCUGAGCCCCGCAACAGAGCCCCAUCUCGGACGCCGCUGAACCUCCCCGCAAAGUCCCAUCGGAACGUCCCGGAGCCCUGCAGCGAAUCCCGGUGGGAGCGUCCCGGAGCCCCGCUGAACGCCACCGCAGAGCCCCGUCAGAAGGUCCCGUAACGCGGCUGAAUCCCACCGCGAAGUCCCGUCGGGAGUUCCCGGAGCCCGGCUGAGCCCCACAGCGGAGCCCCGCCGGAGGGUCCCGGAGCCCGGCAGCAGAUCGCAGUCCGAGGGUCCCGGAGCCCCGCUGAACCCCACGGCAAAGCCGCAUCGGAGGGUCCCAGAGUCCGGUCUGGGCAGCCGCUUGCGCCGGAGUCCGCUCGGAGGAGGUUCCCGGAGCCCGCGGGACCCUCGGUGAGCGGCGGUAUCCGGGGGCUUCCCCCCCGGUCCCUCCACAUGGACUGAGAUGGCCUCGGAGCUGGCCAUGAGCGCGGAGCUGCCCACGAGCCCCCUCGCCAUCGAGUACGUGAACGAUUUCGACCUGAUGAAGUUCGAGGUGAAGAAGGAGCCGGCGGAGGCGGAGCGGCUGUGCCACCGCCUGCCCGCCGGGUCCCUGUCGUCCACCCCGCUCAGCACGCCCUGCUCCUCCGUGCCUUCCUCGCCCAGCUUCUGCGCUCCCAGCCCCGGUGGGCAACCGGCCCCCGGCCCCCCGGCUACCACCGCCGCUUCCCUGGGCUCCAAACAGCAGCUGGAGGAGCUGUACUGGAUGUCGGGUUACCAGCAUCACCUCAACCCCGAAGCUCUCAACCUGACGCCGGAGGACGCGGUGGAGGCGUUGAUCGGUGCCCCUCACCAUCAUCAUCAUCACCACCAAGGGUACGAGCCCUUCCGACCUCAACCCUUCGGGGGUGAGGAGCUGCCGCCGGCCGCCCAUCACCAUCCCGGCCAUCACCACCAUCAUCAUCACCACCUACGCCUGGAGGACCGGUUCUCCGACGAUCAGCUGGUGAGUAUGUCCGUGCGGGAGCUGAACCGGCAGCUGCGGGGCUUCAGCAAGGAGGAGGUGAUUCGUCUCAAGCAGAAGAGGAGGACCUUGAAGAACCGAGGCUACGCUCAAUCCUGCCGCUACAAGCGGGUCCAGCAAAGGCACAUCUUGGAGAACGAGAAAUGCCAACUGCAGAGCCAGGUGGAGCAGCUCAAGCAGGAGGUGACCCGCUUGGCCAAGGAAAGGGAUCUGUACAAAGAAAAAUAUGAGAAGUUGGCCGGCCGGGGCUUCCCGAGGGAGCCCUCCCCAUCCGCCGCCCCGAAAGCCACCGCUGACUUCUUCAUGUGAGCCGGGCUGGUGGGAUGGGGUGGGAUCCCCCUUUUUGGUUUUUUCCUCAUGCGGGGAGAGCAAACCCGCCGCUUAUAUUAAAAAAAAAAAAAAAAAGGAAAAAAAAUAAUAUUCUGAAAAGUCCCCACUGAAAUUUUGGGGAGGGGAAGUUGAACUCCCUCCUACCACGCACCCACCCAUCGGGACUCGGGGUGGGGGGUCCCGGGGUGGGGGAGUGGGGGGCAGCCCUGCAUGCGGGACGUGUACGGCCACCCGCCCCCCUUCCCGGGAGCAUCAGCGCCAUCCAGGUGGCUUCUCCCCACCUUUUCCUGCGGGUUUUCCCCUCCAUUGGGAUUUUUAUUCUUCGAGGGAUCCCCACUGAUCGGCCGGGGGGGUCCCCGGCAGCGCUGCGCCCUGCCCGACCCCUCCGCUCACCCCCCAUUCCCGGCUGGCAAACCUGAGCCACAUUUAACUUAUUCACCCUUGUAAAUAUGUAGAAAAUUAGUUCGUUUUUGCCUUUUUUUUUUUUUUCUUUUCUUUUUAUUUUUCCUUGAGCCUAUAUUUUGCUUGGUGAUUUACGAGAAAAAGAAAACGAACAAAAAAAAGAAAAACCAACAAAAAAACCCUAAAAUCCUUUAGAAAAGAGAAAAAAAAAUACACGAGUCUUAAAAGUUUGUAUGUAAUAGCAUGCAAAUAAUAUCCGAGUUAAUUUAACGAUGUUGGGAAGAAGCCGAAUGCACUAUAUACAGGAAUCGAUUGGGUGAAAUAAUACUGUUUUAUAGAGAUUUAAAAUUAUCUAUGCUCUUAAAAAUAGUGGGGAGGGGAGGGAGGGGAAGAGGUAACAAUUUUAGGGUGACCUGAAAGGCAAUAUAGUAAUAUAUGGACUGCAAACGGUUGGCUGCUAUCUCACUAUGCACCAGAUUUAUUUAUUAACCCUCGGGAAACGGAAAAAUCUUAUUUUAACCUCGAUGUUUGGAGAAAAAAACAAAAACAAAAACAGACGGCAAGAAAAUGCACAUUAUUUGUUGUGGAAACGAGAGAAAAAAAGAGGAUUAAGAAUUCGUGCAAUCGUUGGAGCGAAAGCGGGACCGAUCCUGCGCGGAGGAGCGGGGAGGGUUUGUUUGUUUUUUAACGAGUUGCUUAUUUAAAAAAGGAGAAAAAAAUUAAAAAACAAAUUUUUGGGGGGGAAACAAAAGGGUCCUGCGGACAAAGCGAGCUUGGGAGCCUGGUGCAUUUUAGGGACUGAUCGUGCGAAGUGUUUUUAACGACCUGUUGUUUCGAUUUGUGACGGUUUUAACGAUGUUGCAUCAAGAUAAAAACUUAUAUUCAACUAGAGCCUGGGUCGGGUUUUCUCUCAACUUUUGGGCGGUCCCGUAGCAUCGGGGUUUUGUUUGGGGGUUGUUUAUUCUUCCCUUCGAUUCCCGGUGCUGAUGCAAAACAUUCCCCAAGCUCCCGCUGAGAUAAGUCCGGUGUUGAGUGUCGCCUCUGCCCCAUUGAACUCUGGCUUUUCACUUUUCCUGC